AUGCCACCUCUCAGCCCUCAUGCCGGCCACAUUGGCCUUGUUUUGCCGCUCUGCACUUCUGCGGCGACGGUCGGGUUGGCUCUGUACCAGUGAGUUGGUCCUACAUUCCACCACGCGUUCACGAGCGGGUCUUCUUACUGAUGUUUCGCACGUGACUAGAUACCCAGUCUUCUUGUCGUUCUUGCAGCCCGAUUCUACGGGCCAGUCGAUUGCUGGAAAGCCCCUCUCUCGCUUUUGGCACCCGAUGGUAGGGAGAACACCCGUGCAAAUCUGGCGGAAUCGAUGAUGCUAACGGGGGCAUCUGUCUAGGUCAAGCAAGGCCGCAUCCUCAUCGCAUCCCUAGCAGCUUCGUCGACCAUUGGGGGAGCUCUGGCUGCCAGGUGGCUGCAGACUCACAUUACGUUGGAGACGACGAGUUAGUCACACCCCCCACGGUGCCCUACCUUAGGUACCCUUUGCGAGCUGGAGUGGCUGAUCUUGCCCACCCAGAUGUCUCCCACUGGUACAUUGCCGGCACGGUCCUCGCAGCAGGCCACCUCGCUUCCUUGCCCAUCGUCGCUGGGCCGGUGGGACGGAUCAUCAAGGCUAAUGAGAAGGAUGACACCGAAGCGGAGAAGCAGAACCGCGAGGAGAUGAAGACUUGGUUGACCAUACACACCGUGCGGACUCUGGCAAUCGAUUUGCCAGCUCUGUGGUGCUUUGCGGAGGGUCUGUCACAGAGUCUGUGGGUGGGGCCGGCUUAA